AUGAAAAUCAAAAAUUGUGAGCCACAAGGUGAAGAGACGAGCAUUCAACAGCUGUUCACGUGGAGUUCUCCCGUUUCCAAAAGACCUCGUGCAGAAAGUAGCGAGGAUGUGAUAUCGUUUUUGAAAAAACCGAAGCAGUCAGAUCCAGCCAUCCAUAACACAGCUUCUUUGCCGGAGGAAAGUCUCAGCGUUCUGUCGAACACUGAGGAACAGGUCGAUGUUAUGGAUGAAAAUGGUGUUAAGAAGAUGAUCCUUAACUUUGAGAAAAAGAUUCUGAAAAAUCAAGAAAUGCGCAUCAAGUUCCCUGACCAGCCUACAAAGUUCAUGGAUUCUGAACUUGACCUGAACGUUGCCAUUCAGGAGAUGCACGCUGUUGCGACUGUACCUCACCUCUAUUAUUUACUCGUUCAGUUUAAAGCAGUGGAAAGUCUCUUGCAGCUACUGAGUCAUGAAAACUCAGACAUUUCCGUCGCCGUAGUUGACCUUCUUCAG